AUGGGUUCCAUCGCUCCCGACUUUACCACCUACGACGACUUCCACGUCGAUCAAGUAUUAGCAAAGUUGACACCGGAUGAGAAGAUCUCUUUGAUCUCGGGCAGCGAUCCAUGGCAUACUGCGCCCAUCCCUCGCUUCCACGUACCGAAGAUUCGCCUCACAGAUGGACCCAAUGGCGUGCGGGGAACCAAGUUCUUCAACGGUGUUCCGGCUGCCUGUCUGCCAUGCGGCACGGCCUUAGCAUCAACGUGGGACAUCGAACUCGUGCGACAAGGCGGCGCAUUGCAAGGCCGGGAGGCGAUCGCAAAAGGCGCUUCUGUCAUUCUCGGUCCUACUACCAAUAUGCAAAGGUCCCCUUUAGGAGGCCGGGGCUUCGAGUCUUUCAGUGAAGAUCCCGUCCUAGCUGGUCACAUCAGUGCGGCGACUGUCUGCGGGAUUCAAUCUACAGGAGUGGCAGCGACGAUAAAGCAUUUUGUGUGCAACGACCAAGAACAUGAAAGGCAAUCUGUGGAUUGUGUGGUUUCGGAAAGGGCUUUGAGAGAAAUCUACCUGAUGCCCUUUCAGAUCGCUGAGAGACUGGCGCGGCCGAAGUGUUACAUGACGGCUUAUAAUAAGGUCAACGGAUUGCAUGCCAGUAGUUCGAAAGAACUGAUUCAAAAUGUUUUGAGAGAGGAAUGGGGCUUUGACGGUCUUGUGAUGUCUGAUUGGUUUGGAGUCUACUCUGUAGUAGAUUCGAUCAAGGCAGGGCUCGACUUGGAGAUGCCGGGGCCUACAUAUAUGCGUGGACAGUUGGUUAAGCAUGCUCUUGGCUCUGGAAGACUGCUCGCGAGAGAGGUCGACGCUAGAGCCAAAGAAGUAUUGAAGCUCGUUCGGAGUCUCCUUCCAUUGGGAAUCCCCGAGGACUGCCCAGAAGAAGCUGUUGACACCCCCGAGACCGCGGCCUUGCUCCGAAAGAUCGCAUCAAACAGCCUAGUGCUUCUUAAAAACGUAGGUAAGAUACUCCCAUUCAGCGAUAGCAAAACAAUCGGAGUAAUCGGGCCGAAUGCUGCUUUCGCCGCUUAUUGUGGUGGGGGAUCAGCUGCUCUGGCUCCGUACUAUGCAGUCACACCAUUAGAUGGAGUUCGAGCUAGAUAUAAGGAGGAUAAGGUAAAGUACGAAUUGGGCGCACCUGGGUGGAAGAAAUUGCCGCUGCUUUCUCAGAUCGCAAGGCGCUCCGAUUUUCAACCCGGGUUUGAUGCCAAAGUCUUUUUAGAAGCCCCUUCUUCGAAUGUACAGAGGAAACCAGUUGAUUCCUUUACGGUGACGACCUCAGACAUCUUCCUGGCAGACUAUAAAAAUGACCACAUCGAGGGUAAUCUUUUCUACAUGGAAUUCGACGCCUCUUUCACGCCCGAUGAGACCGCAGAAUACGAAUUCAGCCUCUCGGUCUCGGGCACUGCGAAGCUCUACGUUGCGGGCCAAUGCGUGGUGGAUAAUGCCACCAAUCAAACUGCUGGCGAUUCUUUCUUCGGAUCAGGCACCGUGGAGGAGACAGGCACGAUAGCCUUACAAAAAGGGGAAAAGUAUCCGAUCCACAUCUCCUUCGGCACCCUCCCAACACGCACCUAUACGGUGGAGGGAGCCAAUCCCUUUGGAGCAGGCGGACUCCGGGCAGGAGGAUUCCGCAAGAUCGAGAUCGAAACAGAGUUGGAACGCGCAGCCACGCUCGCGAAGAGCGUCGACCAGGUCCUCCUCUGCGUCGGCCUCAACGGAGACUGGGAGUCAGAGGGCUACGAUCGUAGCACCAUGGAUUUGCCAGCUGGCAGCGACGAUCUCAUCCGCGCCGUGCUGCAGGCCAAUUCUAAUACGGCGGUGGUAGUCCAGUCCGGCACGCCCGUCACCCUGCUCCCGUGGGCGAAGGACGCGCCCGCCAUCAUCCAGGCCUGGUACGGCGGGAAUGAGACGGGCAAUGCCAUCGCGGAUGUGGUCUUUGGUGUCACCAACCCCAGCGGCAAGCUCCCGUUGAGCUUUCCCGUCCGCAACGAAGAUAACCCGGCGUUCCUGAACUACCGCAGCGAGCGCGGCAGGACCGUCUACGGCGAGGGCGUCUACAUCGGCUACCGCUUCUACGAGAGAACGAAGCGUGAGGUCGCGUUUCCAUUUGGCCAUGGCCUCAGCUAUACCUCGUUCGAGCUGUCUUCAUUGCAGUUACAGAUCCACGAGUCCGCGGAAAAGGCCCGGAACGACCUCGACGCUGUCAUCAGCGUUAGUGUCGACGUGGCAAACACGGGCCUCCUCCCCGGCGCACAGGUCGUGCAGGUCUACGCUGCGGCCCAGGCGGCUAGUGUCGGUCGCCCUGUCAAGGAAUUGAAGGGUUUCACCAAGGUCUUCCUCCAGAGCAGCGAGCGUCGGCGCGUCUCUAUCGAAAUGUCGCUGAAAUACGUCACGAGUUUCUGGGACGAGCAGGCGCAUGCCUGGGUGCAGGAGCAAGGGAGGUACACUCUGCACGUGGGCGAUUCGAGCGCUCACACCCCGCUGACGGUGGACUUCGAGGUGGCCGAGACGGUCUGGUGGAAUGGGUUGUGA